ACAGCUGGCUUUAAGUUUCGUUUUUGUAAACCUUCCCGGUGAAGAUUCUCGAAAGAAAUUGGCCGGUAUGAAUGACGAGUUCGUUGGGUUUUUUGUUUCAGUUUUCGCCUAUUAAUAACAUCGUGUGUUGUGGGUUUUGUUGUCGUACAUUAGAACAAACAUCAAAGGAGGCGACAGUUACCGAGAUAAGAUAUAGUUAAAGGAUUUAAACGUUUAUCUAUAGAUAACUAACAUGGAUAGCAGCGAAAACCAGAUCUUGAAAAAUGGCAUCCCCCCCGAAAACGACCUCCCCCUGGACAAUGCUGUUAAAGUGUUGACUAACGAUGAAAAUGAUGCUCUCUCUAAAAAUGACGUUAUGAAAAUGGUCGUGUCAAAUUGGUCGAAGUCUUAUACACCAAGACGACACAUGCGCAAAACACUAAAGCCCUACCAGGAGCAACAGCUGGAAGAGAUUCCGGGCGCCUCGAAGAAGACUGGUACCGUCAUGCACGCGGCGUUGACCAGCGAGAUUGACAGUGAUGAUCACGUGGUGGAUGGCAACAAAGACAUGAGAAUGCGCGUACGCAAUCACGCACUGAUUCAUUACAUAGCAAAGCUCGCAGGCUCAAACCACGAUAAUGACACAUUUGAUUUUGCAUUCGUGCAGAGUUUGCUGAAGAACGGUGCGGACAUUAAUGCCGCUGACAAGUACGGUCAAACUGUCUUUCAUGAAGUAGCGCGGUCAUGGCAUUUGGAUGUUGCUGAAUUUCUUCUAACUAACGGUGCCAACAUCAACCAACAAGACAAAUAUGGUCGUUCACCUCUUCAUGUAUCUGCUGCUGUUGAUUAUGUGGAAAUGGUCGACUUCCUCAUCUCUAAAGGUGCUGAAAUAAACAUAAGAACAUUCGGUGAGGAACAGGCACCUAUACAUUUCGCUGCUAAAAAUGAUGCAUGUAAAAGCUUGAAGGCGCUCAUCGCUUUUGGUGUGGAUGUGAACUGUCGUGAUUAUCAAGACAGAACUCCUCUGCAGCUUGCAGCAGCAAUGAGUCGAUCAAAAGCUGCACGUAUGUUAAUCGAAAUGGGUAUACCUGCUGGUGUCUAUGACAAAGAUGGCGAAAUGGCCUUAUCAUUGCUUGUCAUCAAGAUGCCAGAUGUGGCGAACCUCGCAUUGAAUCAAUUUUUCUCUGAAGAUAAUAUCAAUCACAAGCGUUAUUUCUUCCUCAAUUACCUCGAAGGAACGAGGGUGAUAGAUGGUCGAUCUUCGGCUCGUACGCCAUUGGAGGCAGCGGUCGCUAGUUGCAGUGUCGACAUCAUUAUGCAUCCUGUUAUACAAUACCUCAUCUCCACUAAAUGGGAAAGGUUUGGUCGUCGUUGGGCAUGGUUUGACUUUGCUAUCAACCUUUUAUCAUCUGUGAUCUGGACCAUUAUGGCUGUGACCUUACCCAAUAGUAACACCACGCUCUAUAAUCCACCUCAUGAAAAAUGGUGGCGCAUGGUACUUGCAUGCUUCGCCUUGUUAAUAACCUUUUACGAGCUGUUAAAACAAGUCACAAUAACCGUGCGGACAAAGCGUACGCUCACUCAAUGGAAGACCUACAGGGAAUUGUCCUUAUCGCGAGAUAAACCUUAUUGUCACCCACAAUGGCCCGACGAAGCAAGGUAUGUGGACGGUGAAAUAAAGAACAUCCAAGAACAUCGAUGGCUUGCUGCGCAUGACGUUUGGGUCUACGUUGAUUGGCUAGUUUUAUUUUUCAUCGUGGCCUCUGCGAUCUCACACGCUAUCUUCUUUUCUGAAGGCACGGAUGCCGCCUAUUUUGUUCAUGUGCGCAUCAUGUGCGUUCUCCUAAUAGUCACGUGGGUCCGACUUAUGAAAUACGUGCGACCUUUCCACGGACUUGGUGCCUUUGUUGCAUCAUUCUCGAAGAUGCUGGGAGACAUAUCUCUCACUUUCUUUGUGAUUGCCAUUGUAUUUCUACCGUAUGCAUCUUGCUUUUGGAUCAUGUAUGGUGGGUACAGUCCAAGACCUGCGAAAGGUUAUGAAUCAAUGUCUGCUAUCUUAUACCAGGUGUUUCAGAUGACCGUGCUUGAUACGAAUCAUGAUACAGAACCAUUUUUCGAUGUCGAUCCUUCCAUGGCGCGUCUUCUAUCAUGCAGCUACAUAUUUUUAUCCUUCGUGAUCCUCCUCAAUCUCGUUAUUGCCACGAUCACGCAUACGUUCAAACGCGUGUACAGCUAUGCGCAGGAGCAUGCUGCGAUGGAGCGUGCAAAGACAAUCUUAAACAUCGAGGAUUCACUACGAGUAAAGUCACGAAAGCUUUAUUGGGAAUACAUCAGUAAUCAAUGCAGUCCAAUGAUAUUACAUUCUAAUAAUCGCGAAGAUCAUACAGUACUUUCAGAAAUGGUUGAUAUUAACGAUCGUAUUCAGGAAACCCAUCAACUGGUGGAAUCACGUUUUGGUAAACAGUUUGGGGAAGGCAGUAGUUCGACAAUGGAAGACAUGUUGAAAUUUGCAAACGAAAUCGUUUGUAAUUAUAACGAAUCAAAGGAAAUGCUUGUCAAGGUUUUUGCGGAGUUGAGAAUUUUGGAAAAUAUCGUCACGCCGAUGAUUGCAGAGAAAGCCGCUGCCCAUAAAGCAUUGCAGGAAUAUGAAGGGAUUAAUUCGCUGAUAAAUAUCACCAAAGAUGAUGAAAGUGAAUUUGCAAGCCAUGCAGGUUUUGAUUCAACUCUAACCAGGAACACGUCGCAUAGAUCGAGUUUCUCCGUCCAAAGUGAACCUGGAGAUUUGAAAGAAAAGCGAAAUUGGAAAUCAGUCAGCAAAUCCUUAUCACGCAUCGCCCGUGAGAAUUCGAGAAAAAGUCGCUCGAAGAAAACGUCAAACGGUCUACAAGAGGAAGAAAUUUACUCAGACAGAAGUGAAAUAAGGUACGACUCGGAGGUAGAUCACGUGAAAAAGUUGAGAAAACCACGAAGCAGGUCUGCCGUAAACAUGUCCAAGUCUGAUUCAAGGGAACGUCAACAUAGUAGGUCUUCGUCAUCUAAAGACCUCACACGCAGGAAAAAUAGAACUCGAGAUGCAUAUAAAUAAUGGCAGGAAAUGGUUUCUAGAUAAGGAUUUCAGAAAGUUGUAAGGUAAAAACCGUUUUGCAUUUAAGAACAUUUAUACGAGCAAUAUGCAUUUUCAAACUGAGGAAAUCAGUUGGGAACAAUUGCAUGACUAUUUCUCACGUGAUCAUAAUUUGUGACGUCAUAAAAACGCUGCUGUCUCCACAGACAUUGUUUAAAGCAUUAAGCUUUUUUCUAUCGUUUAAUCAUUUUCGUAGUUUUACUGAAAGCAGUAAGACAUGUCAGAUAAACGACAAUAUUUUAAACUGUAGACAUUUUUCGGCAUAUCUGUAGCAUCCUUAGUGCAAUGUUUAAUGCGUCAAUUGUCUAUGAAUGGAAACAUGUGUAUAACGGAGACGGAGUUUAAAUUAAAAUUAUAGACAUUUAGAAAAUAUUUACUUACUAAAAAUGAUGUUAAAGUUAGCAAAUCUUAUUUAAAUUCCGGUUUUGGUUUUUAA